GUGAAUGGUUGGCGGGAAAACUGAACAAACACAUGGUUGGGCCUUGUUUACAGCAGAAUGUCAUUCAUGGUUCAUUGAUUCUGUUGUUUUUAGAUGUUAAUGAGAGCAGUACCUUUACUCUAGAUCCGGUACAAUGACUGAUAAUGGUGUGUACUGUUGGGGGUACAGCCCCGAGGUCCUACGCAAGAUACAGUCGAAGACGCCUUGUAGAAAACCACAAAUACAGGCACUUCUACAGCUCUUCGGUGAGAGGCAUCACAGUACGAUCCCAAGUCUAUUUCUGUAUGGCCACACUGCCACUGGGAAAUCCUAUGUCAUCAACACCUUAUUAACAGAUCUUCAGUUGCCUCAUGUGCGUGUGAACUGUGUGGAGUGUUAUAACCCCCGGUUUCUGUACGAACACAUUCUGAACAACCUUCCCGAUGGCAAGGAUGAUGAUGACGAUGUCACAUUGACCUGCGACAAUAUGAACGACUUCGUCCGCAUGCUCGGCCAACUGGUUCACAACAGAAAACUCAACAUUGAGACUCUGUAUCUGGUACUUGAUAAAGCUGAAAGACUCCGGGAAAUGGAUGCGAACAUCUUGUCUGCACUUUUGCGGCUACAAGAGUUAAGUGAACUGAAUAUCUGUGUAAUUCUGGUCACUGAAAUUGUGUGGGAGAAGUUUCGGACAGGCACCGGUGUGUGUGAGCCAUAUAUUCUACACUUCCCAGACUAUAAUAUAGAUGAACUUACAGAGGUUAUGUCUCUCGACUGCCCCGUUAAAUACCGUAAAGAUUUCUUCAUGAACUACGUCAGUUUGGUUUUGUCUGUCUUCCACCUGGUGUGUCGUGACCUUCAAGAACUCCGACAUAUAGCCCUGUUAAAUUUUAGCAAAUAUGUUGAACCCAUUGAAAAUGGCGAAGCUAAAAUUGAACAUUUCAGAAAAUUAUGGAAGAAUAUAGAACCUCAUCUGAAAAAAUCUCUACAGACAAUCUACUUACGGGAAAUUUCUAGUUCUCAGUGGGAGAGGCUUCAAAACGAACAGUUGAAAGACUCAGGAAAUGCACAGAGUUCAGUGAUGUCAACACGAUCUCAUGUUGAACUACCUUACUACAGCAAGUACCUUCUGAUAGCUGCAUACCUGGCAUCAUACAACCCGGUCAAGUCGGACCGCAGGCUGUUUGUCAAGCAUACAGCAAAGACAUACAGGAAGCAGAAAGCAGUGAAGAAGGCCGAGAAAUCAAGCAAUCAUUUAUUAGGACCGAAACCUUUCCCCUUGGAUAGACUGUUUGCCAUUUUCUACUCCAUUGUGGAAGGCAGAGUAGCACCGACAGCUCAUAUUUACUCUCAGAUUACCUCCCUUGUCAGUCUUCACCUGCUUGGCCCAGCAGGCAGUGAUGAUCAGAUAGACAUGCCAAAGUACAAAUGUCUGGUUUCUCUCGACUUCAUCAGAUCCGUUUCCAGGACGGUGAACUUUGAUGUGAUGCGAUAUCUGUAUGACUUCAUGUGAAUUGUCCAACCAGUCCUCAAGGUUAUGGCAUGUGCUAUCCUGUGUAGAACAGUUCUUAUAAGAAAACCCUUGAUGUUAUUGGGAAAGAGUAUCCUAUGAUGAUGACAACAGAUCUCUUCUAUACCAUUCUAGACCAUACCAUUCUAGACCAUACACCGUCACUAAACACAUAUUCUUUUAUGUGAAUGGAUUUUUGAUGCAGCAGGGGCCUGUUUCACAAAACAUCGUACGUUUACGCCUGUGACUAGCAGUUAUACCGGACAUACAUUUACACGUGUUUGACAUCUAUUUCACACACAAAAUUACAUUAUUACGGAAGAUGGAGCAUUUUAAGGACAACAGAAAAUGACAUAUGUGUACUUAGAACUAUAUUUGUUGUACUGUAAUAGUAAUAAAAAUUGUGAUUUUGUCGUUUACGUGCAAAACUAGGCUUACGAUGUUUUGUGAAAUUGGGCCCUGGUUAGAAAAGAAAGGAAUAAUUUUAUACUGCUCUAUCCCUAUACUGCGAUACUGCCAUGGGCAAUAUCAAGACAAGCUGAAAAUCACUCUCCUGAAAUGAUGAUAGGUGAGCAGUCACAUGAUGUUUCAAGUAAAAAUUAUAAAAAAUGUAUUGCCGCUCUCCUAAAACUUUCCAAGUGGGAGUGAAGGGGAGCUCGAGUGAUCACUCGCCAUUCCUGGCAAUGACUGGUACUAAUUCUUUAUUGCUGAAAAAACAGCGAUACUAACAUUGUCCGGGGACAAACUGUUGUUAAACCUAAUUAUUUUACACAUGGACAGAAGACCUGCAUACAGUAUUAACAUCUGUCACUGUUUCAGGCAAGUAAAGACAGAUGACUUGCAUAUGGUAUUUUACUCUGUCGUUGUUUUGGGCAAGUAAAGUUUAUGAAUGAUUCGUUGGUAAGCCGAUAAUAUAAGGGAAAAACAAGGAUUUCAAUCAAGUUAAUUUUGUUCACUAAUGCACUCGGUGUAACUGAUGUUAGCUAGAAUGUGUUUCUGCAUCAUUUUUUUUUUUUAAUUAUUGUGUGUGCGCGUGUACAUGCAGAUGCAUAUUUGUGUACAUGAAUGCUCAUAUGUGAGUAUGAGUGUGUGUGUGUACAUGCUUGUGUGUGUGUGUGUGUGUUUGUAUGUAUGUAUGUGUGUGCAUGCAUGUCUGCUCGUGUGUGUUUGUGUGUGUUUGUAUGUAUGUGUGUGUGUUUGUAUGUAUGUGUGUUUGUGUGUAUGUGUGUGCAUGCAUUUCUGCUCGUGUGUGUGUGUGUUUAUAUGUAUGUGUGUGUGCAGGCAUGUCUGCUCGUGUGUGUGUGUGUGCAUGCGUACGCACAUGUGUAUGUCAUGGUUUUAUGAGUUUUGUCUGUAGCAUCUUGGAAUAUUAUCUCUGUCUGUACAUCUUGUGACCACAAAUAAAACAUAUUUUUGCAAUAAACAUCACGAUAAG